AUGACCAUAUCGCUGACUUUGGCUUUGGAGAAGAGUUUAUCACUCUCUCUAAAACCUUCUCUCCACUCUCUAACGGAUACUUCUCCUUCUGUCGCCUCAGCUCCGACUGGUGUUCAGUCUUCUGCCACCAACAACAUACAUUAUUUUCAGAACCCAAAUUCCAAUAUGACCACGGCCCAAAUUCGAGGAGUGUAUAUACUUGAAUUCCGGAAAGUACGUACAGUUAGUAGUAUCACUAUGUCUGAAGUAGACGUGAGUGUGAAGAAAGGAGAGCCAACCCUGGUUCCUCCUGCAGAGGAGACAGAGAAGGGUGUGUACUUCCUAUCGAACCUGGAUCAAAACUACCAGAUGACGGUUCGAACCAUUUACUGCUUCAAAUCAUCAGAAGAGGGUAAAGGGAUCGAGAAAGCCGCGGAAGUGAUCAAGGAGGCCUUGUCAAAACUUCUUGUUCACUACUACCCGGUUGCCGGCCGACUGACACUCAGCUCCGAGGGAAAGCUGGUGGUGGAAUGCAAUGGGGAAGGUGCUGUUUUUGUGGAGGCAGAAGCCAACUGUACCAUACAAGAUAUCAUAAAUAUAGUUGACAAUACAGAGCUAGGACUCGUGGAUCUUGGGAACAAGCUGGUUUAUGAUAUUCCGGGUGCCAAAAAUAUACUAGACUUUCCUCCUCUAGUAGCUCAGGUGACAAAAUUCAAAUGUGGAGGAUUUGUUCUAGGGAUACGCGCGAGCCAUUGUAUAUUUGAUGGAAAUGGUAGCAUGGAAUUCAUAAACUCAUGGGGUGAAAUUGCGAGAGGCUUGCCCAUGAAGGUUUCACCAUUCCUGGAUAGAACCAUACUCAAAGCUAGAAAUCCACCCAAGAUUGAGUUUCCUCAUCACGAAUUCACUGAAAUCAAAGAUAUGUCAAACAUUGCGGAUCUAUACAAAGAAGAAGAAUUGGUAUACAAAUCAUUCUGCUUUGACCCUGACAAGCUUGAAAAGCUCAAAAUGAAAGCCAUGGAAUUAGACGACGCCAAGUGCACUACAUUUGAAGCACUCUCAGCUUUUGUAUGGAGAGCUCGAAGUCAGGCUCUAAAACUGAAGCCUGAACAACAGACAAGGCUCCUCUUGGCUGUUGAUGGACGGUCUAGAUUCAACCCACCAAUGCCAGAUAAGUUCGUUGGGAAUGUGGUUGUGCUAACAAAUUGUGUUUGUAGUGCAGGUGAGCUAAUUGAGGAGCCACUGUCAUUUACAGUGAGACGAGUUCAGGAGGCAAUUAAGGCAGUGACAGACAGUUACCUCAAGUCUUGCAUAGAUUAUUUGGAAGUAACAAGAGCUAAACCUUCUCUUACUGCAACACUUCUCAUCACUUCAUGGACUAGGCUGUCUUUUCACACCACCGACUUUGGAUGGGGAGAGCCAGCACGAGCAGGGUGGACCGAUCUCCCAGGGAAUGAAGUAGCUUUGUUCCUUUCUCAGGUGAAAGAUAGGAAAAACAUUUAUGUCAUUCUGGGUUUGCCACCCUCUGCCUUGAACAUCUUCCAACAACUCAUUACAAUCAUUUGA